AUGACCAGCCACAUACAAGGCGUAUCCGUGGGGAAAAUAGCAUUCCCAAAACGCCAAACAUUCUGUUAUCCAACAACUGUGAACCGAUACAUCACCAGCCUCUCCCAACGAUAUCUUUACCACAACUCUCGAGCAACACUCACUCACCUCCCACGCCGCCCAACACCGAUUCUCUCCUCCCUCGUCCGUCCCCCACGGCCCCCAUCCCCCGGCGUAGGCGUAGUCUGCACCCCGCCGCCGCCGCGCCCGCUCUGGCCCCUCUGCGCCCUCAUCAUCUCCUGCUGCCUCCUGAGCAGCUCCCGCUGCUGCACCUCGUCGUACUCCAAGCUGUCGUCGACGUCGACGUCCGCCGUGAGCAUGCUAUCGUCGUCUAGACUCUGUUGCUGCUGCUGCUGCUGUUGUUGCUGGAGGCGUUGCAUCUGCUGUAUCUGGUGGAUCUGA